UGAUUAAUCUGUUCUAUUUUCUUAGUUCACAGUCAACUUACGCCCCUAUAUAAUUUGACAGGCGAUUGUGUAAUCGCCUUCCUUCGAUUAACAGCACCAAUUACUCCUGCCUUGGGUUUUAAGGCGGAAGGGGGUAGUAGAGAAGAGGAGGGGUAGAGAUGCCGGUGGAUGGGGGGGCGGCGGCGGUGGUGGCGAUCGAGUGCGUGGCGGGGAGCAGCAAGGCGGAUGAGUGGAGCGGCGGCGGGGAGGCGCUGCUGCAGACGGGGGAUGUCGUGGAGGAGAUCAGGAUCGGGAACUCCCCCGCCGUCCGAUCGCCGUUCAAGGGCGGGCGUGCCGGCGUCCAGAAGCUCCUCCACGCAGCCUUCAAGCGCGGCGACACCUCCAUCCACGUCCGCGCCCGCCGGGGCCACGGCAACGACGCCGCCGCCGACCUCCAGGCCUGCAUCGUGCCCCACCCCGCCGCCGGCCGCCGCCAGUACGUCCUCCGCUCCCUCCAAGAUCCCAAUUACGCCGUCGGCUUCGUCGACCGCUCCGAGAGAGACUGCAUCGCGAUCCAAGGCUCGAGGAGCUCGAGGGUGAUCUGUGCACUGAGCAAAGCUCAGCUUCAGGACGGUUAUGUGUCAUAUCCUUGGGAGAAGAAGAUGAGGGAGUCGCUGUCCAUACCACGCUCGAGCUGCGUCCUGUCGCUGCUUGUACUUCCCAAGGCAUCGGACCCUUCAGCCACUCGCUACAACUCUCCUGAGGACACCUUAACCCGGGCCAAUGCUUGGCUCAAUUCCUGUCAGACCUCUGGGGUUCCCAUUGUGUUCAUGAAUAUCCAGACUGAGGCCCUACUCACCAAGAUCUCUGGGGAGACAGCUUCCUCUACCGUAAACAUGGGAUCACUGACUGACCUCUCAAACUUGGCGAACGUGAGUCUGUAUGGGUUUGAGGAUUACCAUGGUGUGGACAUUGGGGUGGUAAGGGCAGUUCGGCUCUGGUACACUCCAGCCGCAGGGGAAAUGGCAGUGGAGAUCAAGCUGCAGGAAGGCGAUACCAGGCUCGGCUUUGCAAUCAGUCGCACCGAAGAGGGUUUUAUCUACAUAUCAUCAGUAACAGACGAUGACGGCACGGAAGUGGCUGCAGCUCGAUCAGGGCUGAGGGAGCUGUAUAAAGAAGCAGCAAGAGCGUCGAAGUUGUUGGUGAUCUCGAGGGUUGGGAACGAGAAGGUCCUUCCAUGGAUGGUGUCCACCUCGGGAGCCAUCCGAUGCUUCGACACGGUCUCUCUCAGCCAGAAGCUCUCGCUGCACCGCCAUGCACUGCGGCCCAUUUUGCUCUACGUGUUCAUGUGGGAGACGUCUCCAUCCGAUCUCGGCAGAGGGGUCGAACGGUACGAGACUUCGGCUCCUCCACCAUCCUUUGCGCCGCCGCCUCCAGCGGAUGAACUGCCAAGGAAUUUGUACUUCGCGGAUGGAUCCCAGCCGGCGCUUGGUAGGGACACGGCUGGGGAUGCGUCCUUCAGAUUCCACGACUUCUCGCUUCCGAAUAAUUGGGUAUGAUCUUCUUCAACUAUACCAGCUUAUACUACUAUGUAUGUAUGGAGCGUUCUGUGAGAAGGUCCUUGCCUCUUCGUUAGCUGUUAUCGCUCUCCCUUUGUGCUUGAUUCAUUCAUGGGGAGAUUUGUGGAAACAGAGGUUCAGCUAUAUAUCUAGCUUGCUUUGAUGUGUCUUAAAAUACUAGGUAUGCUGUCACCUGGUUCCUGUUGCAAAUUGAAGCUAGAACCAGUUUGUUAAGAGGGUUCUUGAGUUCUAAAGAGAAUAAGCUUGUGUACAUUUAUGCA